AUACCAAUCCACGAAAGCGGCAAUUGGGCAUGUCGAACAAGGAAUGAGCAAAAACAGGGAGGGUUCUGGGUCACUGUCGUUUCAUUUCCCCGCCAAAGAUCUUUCCUUAUAAAUUCCUGUUUGGCUGUCGAGAAACUCAGAGAGAAACGUUGAGGAAGUGCGCCGGAUAAUUUUCCAUUCCGUCGCACAAAAUGAGUAGCGGGGUUGCAUCUUCAGUUUCCCCAUCCCUUUUCUCAGUUCUACCCACUAGAUCAAAGAUUACCCAUUGUUCAUCUCCCUCUCUCGUUCGAUUUCGAUCCUCAUCCACUUCCUCAAAUCUCAAAUUUCGACCUAAUGGGUCUCUCAGAUUCAUAGCCAGUUGCAGCUCCGGCGAUGGUGACAACAGGACUGUUCUAGAUGCCUUUUUCUUAGGAAAAGCUUUUGCAGAAACCUUAACUGAGCGUGUCGAGUCAACUGUUGGAGAGGUUUUGAGUGAGAUUGGUAGGCUGCAAGCUGAACGACAACAACAAAUUAUUGAUUUCCAGGAGGAGGUUAUAGAAAGGGCUAAAAAGGCCAAGGAAAAAGCAGAACGUGAUGCCAAAGAAGCACAAGGACCCAUCUCCUCUUCGAUAUUAUCGGCUACAAUCGAAGUUACUUCUUCUCCAACUGGUUCGAGCAAUGGACAACAACGCUCAAGUCUGAACGCAUAUUCAGAAACUGUGGUGAACCAAGAUCCUCCUCGUGGUGAUGAAGAGUAAUCAUCUUGUCGAUUUCUCUUGGUUAUACACAUCCAGUGAUUGCAACCUGUUGUCUGAUGAUAAGUUCAUUGUUUGGUCUUAAAAUCAUACAAAUAUUAUCUUCUUAAGGUUCGUCUAUUAGGUAUCUUAUAAGUUUCUUGGUGUUGAAUAAUUCAGACCGAACAACCAGUUACGAUCGUUCGAUGUGUAUUAGUAAAUCAUCUAUUUUCUUUCAUCCGAGCAGACUGUACUUGAAUUAUUUGGCUGAUAUUCACCGUGUAUCUUUCAUAGUUUCAG